AUCACGGCAGCUGCAUCUAUGUCUCAGUUGAAAUGAUCCAUUUCUCCCACAUACAAGCAGUCUGAUUUCUAUCACGAUCAUCGCUGAAGCAUUCAAAACAUGUCUGAAAAUCUUCCCAUGGCAGCCACCUGUCCUGUCACCGGACCUCACCCCGUCCAGUCCAGCACAGCACACCCACAGUAUAAACCGGCCAUUCCCCAAGCUAGGAAGAGCCAGAAGAGCAGACCAAGACGCAUCGUCGCCAUCGCCCUGGGCAAAAUCCCCAUGCUGACUGCAGCCCGCCCGUCUGGCGGCAACACUCGCACCGGAAGUGCUAGGUUCAACCAUGUAGGUACGCACGUACGCCGCAGUCAGUCACUUCGACCAAGUAGUCGGUGGACUCAGUCCAGUCUAUACUCGGGUCCCCGCAGCUAGUACCAAACGGGCCAUCGGUUAGACCUACCCCAACGGGCGGUUCAAAUACCCUUCCCCCCGAAGCUCGAAGGGCCCAAGCGAUCCAUUCAUGUUGGGCGUCGCAUGGGGCAAGGAUUUGGCUCUCGAGCAUCACCGGUCGUCAAUGGCUCUCGUUCCGUGAGUUGUCGCGGACGGGUCGGUGCCCUACUUGCGCUGCGGAUGACUUUCGAGGGAUUGGAGAGGUUUCUUUGUGGAAAGCUAGAGUACGGUGCGGAGUCCUUAGUACUGAUACUGGAGAUCUCUGACUGUGUCAUUGUAGGGGCUUAGGAGACGUUAAGUAGAACUGAAAGGAGCAGCUGGGUUCAUGUUUAUAGCGCUACACAGAGUCAACUUGUCAAGGCUCAGGAAAGGGAUGGG